CGUACGAAUAAAACGCAUUCGUUCGCAGUGCGCAUGCACCUCUCAGAACAGAAGCGUCGACUCAUAACUCUUGUCAUUUGAAAAACAAUCGCUUACAAUACAAGGUGUACUGUAAAUUUUGAAACAGAGAUUAUAUUUCGGAAGCAACUAGUUCAAGUGUAAAAAAUUAAGAAAAUAAUUUUUCAACAUGGCAGAAAUCAGACAGAAUUAUCAUCAGGAGUGCGAAGACGCCAUAAACAAGCAGAUCAAUAUGGAAUUGUAUGCGAGCUAUGUAUAUUUGUCAAUGUCAUAUCAUUUCUCGCGCACGGACAUCGCCCUUCCAGGGGCUCAUAAAUAUUUCUUAAAAGCAUCAUCAGAAGAAAGAGAACAUGCAAUGAAAUUAAUGGCUUACCAGAACUCUAGAGGAGGAAGACUUUUGCUUACCGACGUAAAAGCACCUCCAAAUCAAGAUUGGGGAAAACUUGAAGAUGCCAUGGCCAAUGCUCUAGCAUUGGAAAAAGAUGUUAAUGAGAGUCUUUUGGCCUUGCAUGCUUUGGGAUCCCGCCAUAACGAUCCAAAUCUUCUGGAUUUCUUAGAAUCUCAUUAUCUACAAGAACAAGUCGACUCCAUCAGCGAGAUUGGAGCACAUUUGACAAAUAUCAGGCGCAAUGGUAAUGGCGUUGGCGAGUUCUUAUAUGAUAAAGAAUUAGGACAUGAGUAAACUACUUCAUAUAUUAUUACAUAAAGAAAUCAAUUAUUAUAUAUAAGUAUAAGGCAUUUUUUAUAUGGCAGCUUAGGCUAAAUUGAACAACCAUGAAAAAUUCUAUUACCUAUAUCUCCUUAAAUUUGAUAAUUUAAUAUGAUAUAAAGCCUGGAGAUAUCUGAACGUAAGACGCAUCCUUACUUUUCUCUACACGAAUCAAUAAAACAACCAACACUAUGGGGCCAAUUCGGAUAAAAUAGUUGUGUUACUAGUCUCUUGUUGAGUAAUCGCAUGAGUUGGUAGUCACAAACUGUCAAAAAGCUUCAUCCCUGAUUUUCCAAACGAGCGUUUUACACAAUAUCAACUACCAACCUCUAAAUUGUACA